UAUUAAUUGAGGAAUGUUAAACAUUUUUGCAGAAAAGUAUAAAGGUGCAAAAACUGGAUGGUCGCAUAAUUCCAAAAGAAAUUAGUAGUAUGACUUAUUAUUUUAUCAUAGGAUAAAUGUCUAAAGAGACAUUUCUUUACGAAAUUUACUCCACGCAAUGCGAACUAUAUUCUUCAGGAAGUAUACAUAGCCAGCUUUAGGAAAUUCUGCGCUAACAAGCUGUCUACCGACGUCGAUUAAAAAGCCUUCCGGUUUCCGGCGGUUUUCCCGGCUGGUAGUGGCACUUGUGAUUUGUCUGAAGGAAACGAUUUGAAUAUGUGCUCUCGAAAAAAUGUUACAAAUGCAGUUUGCGCAGAGAAAUUUUUGAAAAAGUUUAAAUCAUCGAUUGUGGUUGCUUAUGCGUUAGGAUUUGCACCAAUUUGAGCUCGAAAACUUUCCAAUUACCUUCCAUUUCUGUUCUACACCUUUCAUUUCUCCAUAUGUAAGACAUCGCCAUCCUUUCACAAUUUCUCAUUUUCGUAAUUUUUCCAUUACCUGUUCUCCUUUAAAUUUCUUUCUUUCAAAGCUCAACUUUAAUUGAAAGUUGUUCCGACCUGUCUGCAAUGAUAUAUGACAACUGGACCAAAAAUGCACCGUCAGGUUUCGAAAAACGUUUAAAAAUGCAAUAGCUAUGAAAGUUCCAGAGAAUUUUUAAUGAACUGGACGUGAUGCAUGUCCUUUGUUUCAAUAUUUCUCAUCCAAGUCACUCGAAAUUUCUAAAACAGAUUCUAGGAGAGAUAAAAUAAUGGAAAACGACUUAUCGAAAGAUUUCCCACCUAGAGACCAUGCUACGUUUACAUUUACGCGACCUCAUUGAGUUUAACCAACCAGCAGGUGGACAAAUUCCUUAUUGUUUGGUGGUCUUAGGUGUUAAAAGGUUCCUGUUCACCUGUACUUACUAAUUUAAUUAAAACAAAGCACGCAAUGAUGACAGGCAUUAGGGAUUUACACUUGCAGCCGAUCAGUCAGGCUUUCAACAAUUCAACCAGCUGCACCUUUUGAAAUGAGCAACACAACGCCACUGAGUGAGCCUGAAUCAAGUGUAAGCCAAGACACUCCGUAUGAGGAACCUACUAUACAAGUAGCGUUUGAGCCUCUACCAAAAUGGGACCAAGCAAAAGAAACCUGGAAAUGGGUUUGGGUCCUCCACUGGGCUGGAUUUGGGUCCCUUUUUGCACUUCUAGCACUGUACGCUCUUUGGUCACUUAUAAACUUGGCGACAAGGAAACACAGAAGGAAACCUCUGCUUGCGAUUGCAAUAAGCUCACUUCUAUUCUUAUUUGGUUCCUCGAGAGCUGCGUUCUUCUUCAUCAACCCAUACGAGUCCGAAGAAUGCUUUCUAUCGACGAGUUGUCCGAUCAUAUUGACCAGAAUAUUGUUUGGUAUUGCCCUUCCGUGCAUUACGGCUUCAUUCUUUCUGGUCCAUCUGGCAUUUCUCCAGCUGUCGAAGCUCAAACUGUAUCCUGAAAAACUUCAAAGUGUGAAGUUUGUGAGUUGUGUGAUCGCGUUCCACUUCACACUAGCGUUAAUCACAGAAAUCGUGAUAUCACUGUCAGCGGACUGGAUAUCUUUUAGCAUCGUUUGCGAGACGUUUUUCAUGCUCCUGAGCUUGAUACUGUCUGUGAGUUUUAUCUACAGUGGGAGAAUAAUUCUCAACUCUGUGCAUGAAACGCGGUCGUCUGUUCGACGGUUUGGAAGCCUUCACAGUAGGGACGGUCCGCCUUCGAAUGUUACGAAACUUGUCAAGAUAACUUACAUAACAGUGUUGUUGGGAUUCGUUGGCGUUGGGCUGCAGUUGUACUCUAUUUUUUUCAUGCACAAUAUGUACUCCAGUGAAAAAACCAUCAUACCUAAACCAUGGCCAUGGCUGAUUUUCCAAUCUUUGUUUAGAUGUGUGGAUCUUGGGCUUGGUUGUACUAUGGCUUACGUGAAUCCUAGACAAGUUUCUUACCGAAGACGGUCGAGAAGCACAAUAUUCUUGAAACGCUGUAAGCUGAUAGCAGGGUCGUCAUUAUAUGUACAUAAUAAUCAGAGUAGCGCAGAAAGCGGAGAUCUUUCCUCACCGUCCCCUACUGCUAAAACUUCCGUGCAGACGCCGGUGGAAAUGGGCAUUUUGAACGAAGGAGGAAACUUUUUGUUCCACGAAAGGGUUAAAAAACAACCGGUUUAUUGAUCCACGAAAACACAUCUUUCAUAACCCUGCUUUGAGGUGGCAAAUUGAUCGAAAAGGGCACAAAACUCAUUAUAAACAAACCGUUCCGGACUCAACCAGUUUUAUCAACAUAAAAAGCACCUGUUCUAAAUAACGAACAAAUGGACGUGCCGCAAACGUGCUCGAUCACAUGCAACACUGACAAAAAGAAGUGAACAGGUGUAAAUUCAGUUUGCAUGGAAGAUACAGAUCACCUUAGACAUAGACACAAUCUUCAGUGAUAAAGAUUUAUAUAUGAAUUAAAUAUCUCCCUUGAGAAUUAUGAGUGAGAAAUGCAUUCUCAAUGGUAAAUUGCAACCAAGGAAAUUGCUGAAAUUGAACUUAGCGAAAAAGGUUCACUUUACGAAGCAGUCAUUUUGGAGUAGACAGAAUGAAUAAAAUUGUUCCGAUCUAUUAAAGACAUACAUUAACGAGUCAAAAUUACUUUAUGAAUUAAAGAGAAAGUUUUUAAGUUCUAGUCAAAAUAUGGAAAUACAAGCAAAAGGAAAGUAAAGGCUCAGAGUACAAAAAAGGUUAAAGCAACAUGCAGGAAACUAAAUAAAAUCACAUUGAAACCAA